AUGGAAUAUUCUCUCACUUCUUCUUUCAACGUCAACAAGCAUCUGUGGAGAAGCGGUGUCGUUCGGCGGUUUUGGUUGCUUCUGCGAGUAAAUAAUGGUGGUUUUAGUAGUGGAGGUAGUAGCUACUGUGAGUUUAGUAGUUUGAAUACGCCGAUUGAGCCGGCGACGCCGGCGGGGAGGUUUUUGUCGAGUGUGUUAUUGAAUGAACGGAAGUCGUUUCAUGACGCUGUGGCGGAUACGUUGGAGAAAUUGGUGGCGGAACUCGAUGAAGCUUACGCGCGUAGGUCACUCACCGCUGAUUCGAGUGAAGCUCAUCUUCAUAGGAGGAUUGCAGAGCUGAAAAGGCGUGAAUGCAAAACCGCAGUAGAAGAUGUCAUGUACAUGUUAAUCCUCUACAAAUUCACCGAAAUCAAAGUCUAUCUAAUCCCGAAGCUUUCAAUGUGUAUCUACAACGGUAGACUAGAAAUCCUGCCAUCAAAGGAUUGGGAACUCGAGUCCAUUCAUAACUCCGAGAUCUUAGAGAUGAUAAAAACACAUCUAACCUCCGUCAUCGGAUGGAAACCAGACUUUAGUGUCACCGACAACUGGGCCACAACAAAAAUCAAACGUCUCAAUCUCCGUCAUAUCUACACAUCUUCCAUACUGUUUGGGUAUUUUCUCAAAUCCGCCACCUUGCGCCACCAACUAGAGAUGAGCUUCACCGAUCCCAUUGAUGACAUGGUGUUGAACUCCGGCAACCACCUUCCCCUCCCGGAGUUUUAUAGUCUCCGACGAAACAAAAACCUGGUCUUGGGUCAACCUCCCAACACAAUUUCAACAUGUAAAAAGAAACAAGAGAAAUUAAGUUCAUACUUGAUGGGGUUUGCCCCUGAUUCAUUAGUGAAAUGCGGUGAACCAAACUCUAAGGAGGCUAUAAAUCUCAUCGCCAGACAUAGUUUUGGGCUGUUUGGUGACGUGGACUCUGAUGACGUAAUAUUGACAUCAUUCGCAACCUUGAAAAGAUUUGUGUUGGAGGCUGUUGCUUUUGGGUCGUUUCUUUGGGAUGCAGAAGAAUACGUCAAGACUGUAUAUAACCUCGAGGAGAACUGAACAACUAAUCACUAGUAAGUUUUGCCAACUUCUAUGGUGUAAAUAGGAACGUUAACAUGUAGUAAAUAUAUGUUUAAAGUCGAAAGUUUCAUAGAGUAUUUAAUCGUUUGAUUUUGUGGAUAUGAUUAAGAACUUAAUCAUAAGGCUUAAUCCGUUGAUUUAAGUUCUUGGUUAGUGGGAAAGUUGGAACAUAUCAAUUAUCUUUGCUUUUUAGUUCCUUAAAAGGGUGUAAUCUUUUAAAGUUGUGUGAAGUUUGAUUUCAUGUGAUAGUGACC